CGGGAACAGUGUUCAAUAGGCGUAAACAGCAGAUUUUGGGGGAGGGAGUGGAUUGACGAGUGGGAGGAUCAGAACAACCAGUUCCAUCGAGAGCAGCGACGCAGAGCGAGCGAGCUGCUGCCGGUUACAUUAUGGACUGUGGUAUCCAGGUCAAAGAUUCAGUUAUUGAUGCCUUCAAUCAAAUGAAGAUAGUGUCCAGAAAGACAGAGCAAAGGAGAAAGUUUCUUUGUUUGCGUGUUAGUGACGAUGAUCGAUAUGUCAUUGUGAAUGAGGAAAGCGACAGUGUGAAGAAACCAUCUGAAGAUGACUUUCUGCAGUUCUUAAGCUACCUCAAGUCCGAUUGUUGCUGCAUUGUGAUUUAUGAUGUCUGUUAUGAAACAACGAACUCCCUCGUCAAGGAUGAUCUGGUGAUUGUGAAUUGGUGUCCAGAAAAAGCACCAGCAAAACAAAAACUACAGUUUGCAUCAGCAAUAAAUAUUGUGAAGACAAAACUCCAAGGUGUCAAGGCCACGUUGCAGUUCAAUUCCAUGGAAGAUGUAAACCGCAUUGCCAUUGCUGAAAAACUGGGGAAAGAUGUUGUGAAAGUAGAAGGAGUGAAAGUAGAGGAGUAGGUGUGAGAUGCUGUAAAGUGCCACCUAUUGGAAAGCUCCCUUGUUCUAAUUACACUGUUCUGAUAAUGUUUUUAAAUGUAUUCUCUGAUUGCUUCCACUUAUUUUCAACUCUGAUCUAUUCCAAAUGGUUCCUUUCUGAAAGAUCAAUUAUCAUUGAAGUAAGAAUGAAAUUUUGUCCCUGCUAAGUGGUCCAUUUAACAUACCUUCUUUAGACCAGAACAUGUUUCGUUCAAUGUGUAACAUUAGUUUUUGAAAAUUGCUUGCCAACUUUGAUCAGUGCCCUUGUUCGAGACUUUUUUAAAAAAAAAAUAGUUGUCUAGAAGUUCACAGCAAAAGUGAGAGCCAUUGGCACUGAUUUGUCUUGUUCCAUCCUGACUAUACAAUUGUAGUUCUACGCUGCAUUAAAAGGACCACUAAAACCGUUUGACAAUGUGUAUUAACACUGUUACAGUAAUUGGUUAAUAAAGCUCUAAGAAUAAGAAGUCCAA